GCCAUUUCGCCCAUCUCGCCCAUUUUCGCCCUUGGGGCUCUUUUUUGGCGCGUGCUUUCUUUCGGUCGGCCGCCGCUGCUACUGCACCAAGGUGGAUUUCGACUCAUUCCUCCAUCUCCAAUUAUUAUUCCUCUCCAUCUCAUACUCUCACUCGCUUGCCAAAUCCUUCCUACCUUUCCUCUCGGAUUGCUUGACUGGCCGAGAGUGAUUGUGUUCAUCACUGCCAGCAAGACCACAUCACCCGCCAGACAAUCGGCAGCAACCAAGUGAGAGAAAAAAAAUGUUGCAAUCCGCCGCCUCGGCCAAGAGGGCCACCAGCCAAUGCGUGCGCUGCGCGCGUGCUUUUUCCACCUCGCCCGCCCACACUUCCAUUUCGCCAUACCGGAGAGGCGCUCUGUCUCUCGCACAAACAUCCUCAUCCUCAGCAUCGCAAUCAUCACAACAACGCAAUGUCUCCGACACCUCAAAACGAGCGGCGCAAGCAGCCGCCACCGCGCCUGCGGGACAGCGUCAGGUGCCCAGUCCAGCAUUCAAUCGUGAUGACUCCCGUCUGCGCGAUGUUCACCCACUCCAGCCUUUCCGCCAGCAGCCUGAGAUGGACCACAGCUUUGUCGGCAUGACUGGAGGACAAAUCUUCCACGAGAUGAUGCUUCGGCACGGAGUGAAGCACGUCUUUGGCUACCCUGGUGGUGCCAUUCUUCCCGUAUUCGACGCCAUCUACAAUAGCCCUCACUUCGAUUUCAUCCUCCCUCGACACGAACAAGGUGCUGGUCACAUGGCAGAAGGUUAUGCUCGUGCAUGCGGCAAGCCUGGUGUGGUGAUUGUCACCUCAGGACCUGGUGCGACCAACGUCGUCACCCCCAUGCAGGAUGCGCUUAUGGACGGUACUCCGAUGGUGGUCUUCACCGGCCAGGUCAUGACCAGCUUGAUCGGAUCUGAUGCAUUCCAAGAGGCGGACAUUGUGGGAAUUUCACGGGCGUGCACCAAAUGGAACGUUAUGGUCAAGGAUAUCGCUGAUCUCCCUCGACGCAUCAAUGAGGCUUUCGAGAUUGCCACCUCUGGACGACCCGGACCCGUGCUUGUCGAUCUGCCCAAAGAUGUCACCGGUUUGACCUUGAACAAGCCCAUUCCCGUUACCUCGACUCUGCCCUCUCGACCUUCAGCUGCCACGGUUGCUGCGCGUGAAUUGUCUUCGAGACAGCUCGAGGCCAGCUUGAAGCGCUCAGCCGACCUCAUCAACAUGGCCAAGAAGCCUGUCAUCUACGCAGGACAGGGUAUUCUCGGACACCCCGAUGGACCGGCUGUUCUCAAGGAGUUGGCCGACAAGGCUCAAAUCCCGGUGACCACCACACUUCAAGGUCUCGGUGGCUUCGACGAGCUCGAUGAGAAGUCCCUGCACAUGCUCGGUAUGCACGGAUCUGCCUACGCGAACAUGUCAAUGCAGGAGGCCGAUCUCAUCCUCGCUCUUGGUGCCCGAUUCGAUGACCGUAUCACCGGUAGCAUUCCCAAGUUCGCUCCCCAGGCGCGCCUCGCAGCCGCUGAAGGCCGCGGAGGAAUCAUCCACUUCGAAAUCAUGCCCAAGAACAUUAACAAGGUCGUCCAAUCCAACGAGGCCGUCGAAGGCGACGUCACCACUAACCUCAAAUCUCUCCUCCCUCACAUCGAGACUCGCUCAAAGGAGGAUCGCAAGGAGUGGUUCGGCCAGAUCAAAGCCUGGAAGGAGCGGUUCCCAUGGGCCUGGGAGAAGGAAGGCCACCCCGACGCUCUCAUCAAACCUCAAACCGUCGUCGAUACUCUCUCCAGGCUCACCGCCUCCCGCAAGCACGAGACCAUCAUCGCCACUGGUGUCGGCCAGCACCAGAUGUGGGCCGCCCAGCACUUCCGCUGGCGCUCACCCCGCAGCAUGAUCACCUCCGGCGGUCUCGGCACGAUGGGCUACGGCCUGCCCGCCGCCAUCGGCGCCAAAGUUGCCCAGCCCGAUAAACUCGUCAUCGAUAUCGACGGCGACGCCUCCUUCCUCAUGACGCAGACUGAGCUCUCCACCGCCGCGGAAUUCAACAUCGGCGUCAAAGUCCUCGUGCUGAACAACGAGGAGCAGGGCAUGGUCACCCAAUGGCAAUCCCUCUUCUACCAGGACCGCUUCGCCCACACCCAUCAGCGCAACCCGGAUUUCGUCAAACUGUCCGAGGCCAUGCACGUCCCCGCCCGCCGCACCAGCAAACUCGCCACCCUCGAGGACGACCUCAUGUGGCUGAUCGAAGGCUCCGGUCCCGGCCCAGCUUUCCUCGAGGUCGUCAUCGAUCAGAAGGUUCCGGUUCUUCCUAUGGUUCCUGCCGGUUGCGGUCUGCAUGAGUUCUUGGUGUACGAUGAGAAGAAGGAGAAGGCUAGGAGGCAGCAGACCAGGGAACGCUCUGGUCGGUAGAGUGUUGGAGACGUAGGCAGGGUCGUUGGAAGGAAAGAUUGGAAGGCGAAGAAGAUGAAGAGAUGAUCUUGGGAAGAAAUAUUUCAUGCUCCUAGUCUCAUCAUCACGUUUUCCGUUGUACGCUUUAUUUUUUCUGUUGCGAAGUCUCGUUGAUGUUACAAUUCAAAUGUCAUGGGGACAAAAAGUGAACUUUUCUCAAAUAUCAUAUUUAUCUUUUCUACCCUUACUACUCAAGUUCGAUUCGUGGACGAGCCUUGUUUGUCUCGCUUGUUCCGGGAGAAGUGGACUUGCGAGGGUAAUAGAAUAAG